UUAUUCCUGACUCCCACGAUAUUACAUAGUAGCGUAGGUGAAGCCGAACAGCUCAUAGUCCAUGCAAGGUCCCUGCCAGCCCAGUCCAUAAUUUCAAUAUAAAACGCGACUGAACCUCGGAGCCAACUUACUAGGCUGACUCGAAGGGGCGCAAAACUCAAGCAAAACUGACUGGUUACGAUUCUAGUUCACACUGCGACUGUCAUCCUUGGGACAUUCCCACCCUUCAACGUAUUCAUCACAUACCAUACAGUAAACAUGGUCAGAGGACGCAAGAGAGAUUUGACCGCUGCCCCUACACGACAGCUUACACAGCAACGCGAUUACCGCGCGCGCAAAGCCCGAUAUCUUACCGAACUCGAACAACGAUGUCUAAAGGCCGAAGAUGAAAAUGUGCGAUUACGACGAGAGCUAGAACUAGCUCGAGCUGCCAUACCCUUUGGCUCGCCACAGGAAGUUGUACAAGUAUCAUCCGACCUACUGCGUGACCUACUAAACGCCUCUGCAUCGAUCGCACGCUUCCAACAGAUCACUGCACCUCGUGCGUCGGUUCCUCUCGAUGUCAAUUCCUUCCAUCAUCAGCAACCAUCAAUAUCCUCAUAUUCACAACCACCCGCAGGUCCUAGCAACCUUCGCCAUUCCGAGUCAUCUUCCCCUCGUCAAGCAUCCUCACAGCCAAUAACAAUUCUGCCCUCACAUGUUCUUGCUCUUCAAGAAUUCCGAGCCCGCCCGUCACCUCCAAAUCGGAUACUGUCUCCUAUCGAUAAACGACGGAUGGAUCGAACUCCUGCGUCCUCGUCGGCCAGUUCGCAGGCCAGAGCAACGAGCCCAUCGCCAAGCCUCGGUUCUGAGGAGUGCUGCGGGGGGUAUAUUGAUUGCACUCAACUAAUAGAAGAAAAUGAGGGAGAAGAUGAAGAUGAAGAGGGAGAAGGAGAAGGAGACGAAGAUUUUGGAAUUUAUCAUCUCACGCAUACAUCGAAACUUCGUUUCAGUCAAGGCGACUUUCGAAAAGAUGCUGAACGCUAAACCCUUGGAACAGCAGUCAGAAAUUUGUAUGGUGUAGCUGUUCUACGUCCACUGCUGCAUUUAAUCUGUCCCUGCAAGUUACAAUAUU